AUGGAGCUUAGAGGUUUGAUUGUGAAGGAUAGAUUCCCCACUCCGCUAAACAUUUCUAUCGAGUUUGCCCAACCUUUUCACAGAUUGGCUAACAUUUCUAUAGGAAAACAAUGCCUUGUACCCCUCUCCUUUCCUUCCCUUCUCCAAGACCCCCGCCUUCCCAAACCCCAUCCCUCAAAUCCACCACCCCAUUUCUCCAGUCCUCCAAAUCCGCCUUCCCUUCCUUCAAACUACCCCCUUACCCUUCCAUCAGAGCCGCCAUUUCCAGAACCAAGAAAGAAGAAACCGUGGAAACAGUUAAAACCCAGUUGGAAACCUUACAGGACGUUCCAAAAGGAGAAGAAAGUUGAGAAUGAGUUCACGGGGGCUGUUUUCGAAGGGAAAUUUUAUGGGCCUGACGAUUUUAAACAGCUGGAAAGUAUGCCUAGCAGAGUUGAGAUUUACGCUAAGCUUUUGGGGAGUUUGCAGGGUCCUGCAAUUGGACUUGUUGGGACACUUGAAGCUCCUGCCAGAGAUGUUGUUAUGGUUUUGAAGGCUUAUGUGAGGAAGCUUGAAGAGGAAAGUGAUGCAAAUUAAUGGGGUCCAAGUCUUUCUCCAUACAACGCGUGCUUGA